ACGCAUUUGCUGUUUCUUCUUAAAAAACCAGUGGGCUGUCCUUCUAAUAGUGUGACUCUGCCUUAUAUAAAUGUAGAGUUUGAAAAACAUCUUCUGUGUUUGCUGCACAUCAUCCACCAUGAAGAACAUUGCACUGAUUUUGCCGUGGCUGAUUAUCCUCUUCACAGCCAGAGUAUUGUGUGAUCUGAGGGUUCAUUGUCAGUGGGGGCCUUAUGACAGCUGGUCACAAUGUAAUCCCUGCACCAAAACACAGACAAGAAGUCGAGCCAUGGUCCAGUAUUCUCAGUUUGGUGGGAACCCAUGCGAUGGCUUGCGCACUGAAACCAGACCCUGUCAAACUACACAAAGUUGCCCCUUAGAUCAUGGAUGUGCAAACAGGUUUCGAUGUCAAUCAGGGAAGUGUAUCAACAAGUCUCUGAAGUGUAAUGGAGAUCAAGAUUGUGAGGGAGAUGGACUGGAUGAACGGGACUGUCCUACUGGAAAAUUCAUUAUCUGUGAAUACACAAUUCCUCCACCUAACAUUCAGCAAAUAGGACUUGGGUAUGAUGCAGUGACUGAAAAGAGGAGAGGCAGUGUGAUCAACACAAACAGCUUUGGAGGCCAGUGCCGACCCACUUAUAGUGGUGAUCAUAAAGUUACCUAUCGACUGCCUCUCAAUGUCAUCCAGUACAGCUUUGUGGUUAAAGUCCAGACUGACUUCAGUGAUGAGACAUUCACCAGUAAAUGGCAUUAUGCUAAGGAUAUUGUAGAAAGAGAGACAGCACAAGGGACCACAUCAGGAUUUCGCAACUAUGACUUUCAUGAGAAACUAGACAAGACUCAGACAUACAAGCUUUUGGUGUUAAAGAAUGACGUAGAGGUAGCUCAGUUCCAGAGUAACUCUCCUAACUACCUCCCAAUAUCUGAGGAGUUUUGGAAGGCACUGGAAAAACUCCCAACUGUCUAUGACUACUCAGAAUACAGGAAGAUUUUGGAGAGGUUUGGAACCCACUAUGUGGCUGAGGGAAGCCUGGGAGGCUCCUUUAAAGUCAUUAUUUCAAUUGAUGAAGAAACUGAAAAAUAUAUGCUGGAAGAAAAACUGGUGCUUCGGGAAUGUGAGAGGACCAAACGCUGGAUCUUGUUUAUCCCAUUUACAGUGGAGAAAUGCAAGGAGAAAGAUGGGGGUGGGGGCUCUACCAAAGAUUUUGAGAGAUCAAAUAAUGUGGAUAAAGUGUUUGUGGAUGGGGGAAGCGUCUCACAUAUUGAAGCAUUGAAGAGAAUGGACCUUAAAGAUCCAAAAAAGAACUGGGACAUGUACUCAAACUGGGCUGAGUCUGUUAGAUCAUUCCCACAGAUCAUAAAUCAAAAGCUGCGGCUGCUGUCAGAGCUGGUGAAGGAAGUUAAAUGUGCGGGAAUGAAGAGGGUCUACCUGCGAAGGGCCAUAGAGCAAUACCUUACGGAGAGCCACCCCUGCCAUUGCCGGCCCUGCAGAAACAAUGGCCUAGUUGUCAUGGAUGGAGAUGUAUGCAAAUGCAUUUGCAAGCAUGGCACAAAAGGGCUAGCCUGUGAGGAGGGAACUGAAGCAGAAGGCCAACAGGGAGUGAUCCAUGGUAGUUGGUCAUGUUGGUCCGCCUGGUCAUUGUGCACACGAACAGGGAACAGACUCACUCAUUCACGAACUCGCUCCUGCUCUAACCCGUUCCCUCAGAAUGGGGGGCAACACUGUAUUGGAGAACCAAUAGAAACUUCUGAAUGUGACGAUGAUGAGCUACAAUACUUAAAGACCAUGGAGCCUGAGUGCUUUGAUGAUACUCUACAACCAAGUCCAAAGUGUGAUACCCCACUCCCUCUUAUAAACGGUUACAUCCAGAACCCUAAGGAUGUUUAUCUUGUGGGUAACAGAGUUGAGUAUUCCUGCACUGCAGGUUUUCACCUUGUUGGCCAAAGCAUCCUGGAAUGCACUUCUGGUAAAACCUGGUCUGGCACACCUGGACAAUGUGCACGUUCAAUGUGCAGACUUAAUUCACUUACUGAGGGUGUCAUAGCUUCUCCUUUACAACCAUUUUAUUCCAUCGGGCAGUCAGUUGUCUUAUCCUGUCCUAAGGGUAGAAUCUUAGAAGGAGAAGCAACAAUUAUUUGCAACCCCAGUUUGAAUUUUUCACCAGACCCAAGAGAAAUCCGAUGCAUUGAAGAUGAAAAUCCAGAACCCACCCAUCCCACUGUGGAAUGUAAGAGAUGGGAAAAACCUUAUAAAGGAAAAUGUAUUUGCAUAUCAGCUAAAGAGUGUGGUCCAUCACUGGAGUUGUGUGCCACACCUCCAGGAAGUAGCAGUUUUUUAGCUAUCACUGUGUGCAAAAUGCACGUGCUGCAGUGUAUGGAGAAACACAUAGAGAUAGCAGAUUACAACAGCUGCAGGUGGGGACAGCGCACCACACCAGCGCCAGACUGCACUGGCUGCAAAAUGUGGGAAACCUGCGAUGAUCAAGCCAACGUCUGUCGCUGUAAGGAUUCUGCAGAAUGCUCAAUCCCUGGAAUACAAGUGUGUGUUCGUAUUGGUGAAGAUGCAUCAGCAGCCACACAAACCAUGAGUGAGUGUGAAGCAGGACUUCGACGGUGUAAGGGAGAAAAGGUGUCAGUAGUCAGCAUCCACCCUUGUGCUUCUUGAGGAUUCAGGGGUGCGCUGACUGAUAUAUCAUAUUUACCUAAUUUUCCUGUUAAUUCUUACAUAAAACCAUAAUUAUUGUGUUAAGUGUCACUGCAUAGCAUACUUUAAGACACAUUUUUAUGCAUGUAUCAAGAAAUAAAACGGCUGUACUCCAGUUUGAUCUUGCUGUUGUUUUGCAUAAGUAAUAAUGACACAUGUUUGACCAGCACUACUGUGAAUGUCACAGACAAUGGAUACAGGUACAACACCAUGGAAUUUGUUGAUGUGUUGCAAAUCUUUGGUUUAAAAAAAUUAUUAAAUUAGAUGAUGAGUAAAAAAGAUAAGGCCUGAUGUUGAGGAAAAUUGUUUUGUGAAGGUUUCUUCAGAUAAUGUUUAAAACUCUGUUUCUUAGUUGAGAUAACAUCGUGUGCUUACUAAAGCAGGCACAGAUUCCCAAAUAAACCCCUGCUGGCAGCCUGUUCCUGUCCCUGGCUUGCUGCCCUCCCAGGUCUUGAGCACCCAUGUGUCUGAACCUGUUUGUGAAAUGCUUUAAAGUCAAAAUCCAAUGUUUCACUACCACAAGAAAAUUCUUGUCAGCAGAUAAACUGAAUUCCAUAAACCAGCAAGAAGAGUGUUUCUUUUUCUUCUCUUAUCUGUCAGGCCAUCAUUUUAAGCUGUUGGGUGUCUGUUUUAAGCACUCAUUUAUGGUUUUAACAAAGGUGGCAUAAGGCAUCCACGUCUGUGGUAGAUGCAUUAACAGAAAACAUGCAUAAAUGUUCUAUUAACACGUAACAAGCUCACAUAUAGAAGCAACAGAAAAACAAAGCAAGUUAAUUCCCAGUGUUACCUCUGCAAGAAGAACAAAACCGCCUCCUUAUCUGCAUGAAUUAAUAUACCCCAGAGAGCAUGAACCAUCAUGAUCACAACGCUUUGCACCAUUGACUUAUUAACUGGUAGAACCACCAGCGAGAAAAGAAGUCUAAGAAAUGCAUUUUUACGUAUAAGAAAAUGACACAACUAAACAUCGCAACAGGGUACAUGGCUAAGCACGUUACUGGUUAACUUUAAAGACAUAUGAGAUGACUUGUUUCUUUGAGGUUUGUUGAUAAGGUCAUGUUUUGUGAUUAGGAUAAUCUGAUGUUUAAAUAAUGUUAAUACUGGAUUUUACUAGAUCCAGCUCUGCUGCAUUACACCUGCAAGUUGGAAACAACUUUUCACUGAUCAUUCCCCACUGGCAUUACUGCAAACAAAGCAAUGGAAAUGUAUUUUUUUAGUGUUAUGUCCGAAGUAGGGAUAUAUACGUAUUUGUUCAGACACAUUUAAUUUCCCAUUUUGAUCCAGUUUUAUCUCACAACACAGGAAACAAGCUGCAGGAAUUUUAGUUUUGCUGUGCUCUCUCUGGCACAAUAGGUGAAGUGUUCAUCAUGAAGGUACACAUGAAAGUUGGGGUUUGGCUAAUUACUGCUAGUAUCCUUACAAGUCUUUAAAUAUGGCUGAAUCAUGGUCAUUUGGCUCAUCAUCACAUUUUAUCAUAAUGAGAAAGUUAUUAGGCAUCAUUCCAGUGAGCUUGAAGUCAUUGCUGUGACUGGAACUGGCUGCUGAAGCUUCUGCUAAGAGUUAUGUGGAAGUUGCCAACAUUAGACUAUAGCUUGCAGCCCUGCUGUGAACCUCUCAUCAUGUUGUUGACUACAGAUUUGGUCAUUUGAAAUUUGUGAUUCUUCAAGCCAUUUUACCUAGUAGCUCUUGAUCAGAGAUUUGUUUCUGAUGUUGUGCUUUUCUUUUUAUAUUCAUAGCUGUCAUAUUUUCUGUCCACCAGUUUGGUGGGCCAACAUUUAAAACUCAAAUUGAGCCAAAC